UCCAUCCGCCGUCGCCGCACCCCUCCUCUCCUCGGGAUUCCCCACAGUCAGCGCACCCUUGUCUCCUCAUCGAUUUCCCCUCCUCCCCAAUCCCGCUGAACCUCAUCGCCGUGCGUCUCCAGCCGACGCCCUCGGCCACGCUCAUAGGACCACCACGACAUGGCUCGAGCUUGGCUUGGGGUUCCAUCUCCGUCGUCUUCUGUAGGUGGAGCAGCAGCGCCUGCUCGGCCGUGCCGCUGCAUCGGAGCUCCACCCGUCUGCCCCGUCCCCAAGCACCCGGCGCGUGCGCACCCGCCUCUCUGACCUGCCGUUGGCCAGCGAGUCGCCGGCAAACAGUGGCCCAGCGUCCCCAUGUCAUGGUGCCCAAGCUCGUGGCUCCCGGAGCUUCGUCGGACGCCUCCAGCACCGGGAACGAGAUCCCUCGCCCGCUCCUGCCUCCAACGUGUGUUCCACGAGCUCCCCUGCACCCGAGCCUCCCCUCGAGCAGUUCUGCAGUCCCCUGUCGAGCUCGCCCCAAGCUCGCCCGCGCCGCCGCUGCCCAGCACCUGAGACCAACCUCUCCUCUGGCCGUGCCUGCGAGCAGCUGCUGGAGCCGCCGCGCCGCCCCGUCAGCCGACGAGGAGCUCACCCGUGGCCUCCCCUGCACGUCGCCGCCCCGGAAUGACCUAGCCCCGAGGUCCUCGUCGCUGGGCCAGGAGCACCUUGUCGUCCUAAACCUCGCCGCCGUCGGGGACCAGCACUGAGGAACAGAACGAAGGUUGGUGCAGCCCCACCAUGGAUGCCCUUGCUGCCCUGCAACUCCCCGUCCGCCGUCGUUCUCCAAUGGAUCCGGUCGAUGCUUGCUAGGUCCGCCCAUUCCCGGCCUGGGACAGCCCCGUCGAAGCCUCCAAGUCCCUCCGGAUCGAUGAUUGACCCCGUCUAGAACAGCCAUGGACGAGCAGUUUCAGUAAGGUGCAGUUCUAGCCGCGAUUCAGAUUCAGUUUUUGUUUAGAUUCAGUUCAGCGUGCUUGUACUCAUCUAGCGAAGGGACUCGUUUUUAUCACUAGCGCGUCUCAGCCUCGGUGGUUAGUGUGUUGCGUUUCCACCCAGGAGACCAGGGAUCAAAUCCCCAUCCAUGCAUGUUAUAUUUUUAGGAUUUGUGCCUCUCCA